AUAAUAUUGAUUGGCAGAUACGAAUGACUUCUAAACUUCAAUAUGCACAUGACUCCGGUCCACACCUAAUAAAACAUAUAUUGCCCAUAUUCUUCCGUCUCUCCCCACUCUUCACCGCACAGUUCUUGCACACUUCCAUCUUUCCAGGGGAGAGAAUAUCCACGACCAACAAUGUGGGCUGUUGAUUUGCAAGUAAUGUUAGUGGUGGGUUUAUUGGUUAUGUUACAGGUUCAACAGUCUUUGCAACUGAGAUCUAGUCAUCCAAUGCAUGGGGUUGUGGAUAAGAUCAAUGAGAAAGCAGGACCUUAUAUUGGGCUAGUGAUGACUUUUCCUACUGAAGAACUUGCACUUAUAGACUCUGCUUUCUUUGUUCCCAGCUCGGAGAUCCCAUGGGUUCACUUGGCUGGAAGGAGGUUCAACAUUGGGACUAUUAAAGGUGAAGAUGUAAUUUAUGUGAUGACUGGAGAGCAAACAGUGAAUGCAGGUAUGACUGUUCAAAUUCUACUUGAUACAUUUGAUAUCAUAGGAAUUGUUCAUUAUGGGAUUGCUGGAAGUUCUAAUGAUUCAGUGUACAUUGGUGAUGUUAGUGUCCCAAAUUAUGUUGCCUAUACAGGAUCUUGGACAUGGAAGGAAUUCAGGUCAGCAGAGGAGAAUGUAACAGAAUUGAAUUUUGGUAAUUUCAACUUCCCUGAGAAGGGAGAGAAUUUGUUGGCAAUGAUAGACUUCACUCCACAGCAAUUGUACUCUGUUGGAAAACCAAUGGAAGAGGUUUUUUGGCUUCCAAUUGAUCCAAAAUUAUUCAAUAUUGCUUCUGAACUUCAGGAUGUAAAGCUAAAACAAUGUGUCAGUGAGACAUAUUGUCUACCUGAAACACCAAAGGUUGUAUAUGGAUUGAGAGGUUCUACUGCAGAUAUAUACCUUGACAAUGCAGCUUAUAGAGAAUUUCUCUUCAAAGCAUUUAAUGUCUCUACUGUUGAUGAAGAGAGCGCUGCAAUUGUAAUGACAUCUCUAUCAAAUGGAGUGCCUUGUAUUGUGUUUCGUGGUGUAUCAGAUUAUGCAGGCGGAGAGGGAUUACUGUCAUCAACGAGCCUUACUUAUUUGGCUGCUGUGAAUGCUCUCAGUGUUGCUGUUGAGUUUAUUGGAUUAUUUGGCGAGGAAGCUUGCUAAAUAUGUAAACAAAUUAUUUAAUUUUCAUAAAGUAAUGUCCUAAAAUAUUUAGCAAUGCCCCAUGUUGUACAGUCAGUACUGAUUUCUAGAAGGUCUUGCCCUGCCUAUGAGGUGUGAGAGUUCCUAAAUGUGACCUGUGAAUGUUACCAUAUCCACCAUGUGAAUGACUCUCUUGGGAGCUGUCUGGUGUGGACACAUCUAGUUGCCCUACACAUGGAUCAGUGAAUACACCACUGAAUCUAGAGCUAAGGUGAAGAGUGGAAGCCCCCACUUCCUUUAGGUCAAAGAAACACUCUUGGCCCUUACUUAGAGGUCCAACUUAACAGUGCAGUAACUAGCUAAUCAGCGACACUAACUGACUCAACUCAACAGCCUUGGCACAACUCAGCAGCCUUGACAUAGUUUGACUAGUACAUUUGGAGGUAUUAAUAUAGUUUUUUCUUGCAAUUUUCAUGA